AAAAUAUAACCACUCUCAUUUCUCUUCCUCUCUAUAAAAUGAGCUACCAAUUCUAGAGGGAUUCAUUCACCUUCUUAACACCAUCUAUAAGUGAACUAGAAAAGCAAAGCACCAGGAGAAAAAAAUGGCAGAGCCAGCGACUAAUCCAGAGACGAAGGCCGAGGUUAAGGUAGAGACUGAGGCUGAGGUAGAGGGAGUGAUGACUAAGCCAGAGACUGAGGCUGAGACAGAGACAACUAAGCCAGAGAAUGAGGCUGAGACUAAGGCAGCAUCGAUGAUUGGAGAGCUUGAGAUAGAUAUUGAGAUAAAAUCUACUGCGGAGAAGUUCCACCAUAUGUUUGUCAAAAGACCGCACCAUGUGCCCAAAGCUACUGGCUUCAUUGGGGGAGUUGAGCUGCACGAGGGAGAGUGGGGCAAAGUUGGUAGUAUAGUCUCGUGGAACUACAUUCAUGAUGGAGUUCCAAAAGUAGCAAAGGAAAGGAUCGAAGCGUUGGAUCCAGAGAAGAAUCUGAUAAAAUUCAGGGUCUUAGAGGGAGAUGUGAUGAAGGAAAACAAGACCUUCUUGUUAACACUCCAAGUAACACCAAAGCAAGCAGGGCCCGGAAGUGUGGUUAAGUGGCACAUGGAGUAUGAGAGGAUUGACGAGAAGGUGCCUCAUCCUGAGACUUUGCUUCCAUUCUUCGAAGCAAUGUCCAAAGAGAUCGAUGAACACCUCUUGUCCACGGAGUAGAUCGAGGACUUUCCUUCUGCUUGUUUAAAUAAACAAUUCAGAGUUACUAUCACAUAUAUGUUUAAGUUAUAUAUAAUCAAGUUACGAUUAUGCAACAUGGAUAUUGUGUGGGCUAUGAGCUUCUCUUAUAAUAUGUUGUGUGUAUUAAACAUAUACUACUAUCACAUAUAUAUAUAUAUAUAUAUAUAUAUAUAUAUAUAUAUAUAUCUUGCAAUUUUGUAACAUGGAUGUUGUGUGGGCUAUGAGCUUCUCUUAUCA